GAAGGUGAACUAUCGAGGAUCAGCAGGCUUUGGUAAAGUCUGGCGUGCCAGUGGUGGAUUUGCCGAAGAUGUGGCGGGUGCCAUUGCCUGGGCCGUGACCGACAGGAAGGUUUUGGGUGAAACUUUUGCAGGGGGACCUGAAGCUGGCAGGCUCCCGCCUAUUGCAGUGAUGGGAGACUAUUUCGGUGGCUAUGCCGCAUUACAUGCAGCGUCGCAGCUGCGAGAAUGGGUUGCGUGCGUCGUGGCCAUCGCCCCGUUGCAAAGCGCUCCUGGGGGGUUGUCCAAGCCAUAUAUGCCCGAUGCAAAGCGUGUGCAGUCCUGGGACCCAGACCAAAGCCAGGGUCGUGGACUGGGAAUGCUUGAGCCCGCCGGCCUGGUAAAAGAUUUGCAAGGAUUGGCCAUGAUGGUAGUGGAGUAUGAGCGCGACGAAGAUUCGAAAGGCCCCUUUGUGACGAACAUGGUGCCAGUGGGUUGCGAUCCGGAAGAUUGGCCGCCUUCAUUGCAGUAUGUGCAGUAUGCUGGAGAACGGAAAGGAGGAGGAGUAGUCAGGCAGAACAUGCUGGAUUUGUUCAGGCGCCUGGACUCCUUCCUGCAUGCCAAUCUUAGUCCACUGGUCCAGCCGACCCGAGGACAGAACUUGUUGAAAGAAGACUUCGUCGACGAGGUGCCAUUCCUGUCAGCAGCACUGCAGCCUGCGACCAUCGGAUCCAGUUCGCCCUCGGCGGAGGGCAUUGAACUUGGCCUGGAGCGGGUUCUGCGCGAGACCAAAGGUCAGGAGAUCGCUGAUGCGUUCCCUAAGUUGCGAUCGGCCUUUGGCACUCCUGCAGGGGUCGGUUUCUCGACUGAUGCACAGAAGGAGGAGACAAGUGGCAAGCGGCUACAAAAUUUGCUGGCGCCAGCGUCGCGUGUACUCGUCCGUGACGAUGGAACCAUCGAGAUCACUGUAGCCUUUGCCAGCGCUCCCAAGAAGCUCCACGUUCUCCUGUCGGAAGUCUGGAUGCACAUGCGAGCGGAAGGUUUGGGGUUUACACUGGCCCUGCCACGUCAACCAAAGCCUGGGCAGCGAAUCAAAGCUUUCAAUAUGCCCAGUGGCACUGCCUUCCACUUUGAGAUUGCCGCGGAGUCAGGUGUAGGAGCCGUGGAGAACUUCAAUUACUGGGCUGCCCGUGGUAGCACUUUGCUGGACCUUGUGCUGCCAGAAGACCUGGCUGCCGCACCAGUGAUGCUUCCAGAUGCUCGGUAG